GCGCGCAUGCGAGGCGCUGCGGCUGCGUGCGGCAGUGUUGGGAUACCUACGCCCGUCUGUGGACGUCCUAUCCACAUAGUUCCCCCGGCCUAAGGAUCUGAAGCCCCAAGAUGCGGGCGUGGCGGGUGGCUGCGGCGCUUACCCUGUUAGCCCUCGCGGCAGCGCGGCGAUCCGACCCCGACUUCGAGUUCGACGACGACUCUGAGGGUCGAAGUCGUUCCAGCGACCCACGGCGGUAUAUUUACGAUCCACACAAUCCAUUGUGUUCGACUUUGUCAUGUGGCACUCGCGAGGUGUGCGUCCUCCGCGAGGGCCGAGCCUUAUGUGCUGAUAAACGAGACAUCCUGCGGCGCGGAGACACCCUGGUGGCGAGCGGCGCCCGGGAUGACGAUGAGGAUGUGUUUUACGACGAGCCUGAUCCGGAGCCAGUUCACGACAAGCUGGAGCAAGCCAGCACGGACGACUUAGACGUGCCAGAUGCUGGCAACGAGAACCGCGUCGACAGAUGCGUGGGAUGCGGCGGCGCGGCUCGCGGCGCGUUCCUCUGCGGAUCCGACAACCGCACAUACUCGUCCCUCUGCCGGCUGGACCUGCACAACUGCGUGCGGCGCCCCGCCGCCCCCGUCACCAUGGCUUGUCGGGGUUUCUGCCCCUGCCCCGCCUCAAGGCACAAGCAGGACCGCGCGCUCAAACCCGGGAAGCACCUUUAUGAUGAUUAUGAUGAGGACCUGGACAAGUCUCGGAAUGAGGUGUGGCCGCACCCGCGCCGCGGUUCCCGCCGGCGGGGCAGCAAGCAGAGCAAGGACCCCGCAGCAGGGUGCGCGCUAGACCGGCUCGCGGACAGGCUGCUCGACUGGUUCUCUGUGCUCAUGGAUGAUGCGCACGAUACGCCGCCGCCACGGCAGGGAUUCCCUCGAGACUGCAAGCCAGAAGUUCGCUGGAUGUUCAACCACCUCGACACGGAUGGAGAUGGCCUGCUUUCACCUCACAACCUCUAUGCCCUUCGCCACGACGAGCGCGAGCAGUGCCUGCGUCCGUUCCUGUCGGGCUGCGCCCGCGGCGCGGCGCUGCCCCGCGCGGCGUGGUGCGCCUGCCUGCGCCGCGCCGCCCGGCCCUGCACCGCGCUCGCCCGCGCGCACCCCCAGCCGCACGCGGGCGCAUACGUGCCGGCGUGUGACUCCCGCGGUUUCUACCGGCCGCGGCAGUGCCACCCUGCGCUGGGCGUGUGCUGGUGUGUCACUCCACACGGCCAGGAGCGCCCCGGCUCACGGACUAAGGGCGCACCUGCUUGUCCUGGCGAGAAAAACUCUCGAAGCCACACAUCAGCAGAGGCGGGUGGAGCGCCCGCGGACGACGAAGAUGCCGACGGAGAGAAUGAUGCUGGCAGCGGAGCAGGCGCGCCAGACCCGGAGCUGCGCUUCUAAUCCGUCAAGAGGACAUCCAUUGUGACCUCAAGCGCACUGUUGUUUCAAAAUUAACGCAUCUAUGAAACGCGGCUUUUGCAGUUUUUGGCGGGAAUUUAUCGUGGUAGGCCACUCGUAUACCUAUCUUUGCAAUGGUGAAUUCUAUACAUUUUAAGGUCAUUCAAAAAGAAGUAUUAAUUACAUACUAAGAAGUAUUAACAUGCUAACACCAUUGUAAAAUAUGGAAUAAAAUAAAUUAAAAAGUGUUCUACACCAGGUAAAAAAAAAAACAAAUAGCGCCAAAAUUUGAACAAACUGCGCGAAGU